AUGUCGCUUGAAAUCGAAUCGCCAGAUGUUAUUAGGUUAAUUGAACAAUUUUGCAAGGAGAACCGUCUCCACAGAACACUCCAAGUGCUGCAAGAAGAAUCGCAAGUAUCGUUGAAUACUGUUGACUCGAUUGACUCAUUUGUUACCGACAUUACAAACGGGCACUGGGAUGUUGUUCUCAAUACGAUAUCGAGUCUCAAACUGCCCGAUCGGGUCCUUAUCGAUCUCUACGAACAGAUAACGAUUGAACUCAUCGAGCUACGAGAACUUGGCGCUGCGAGGUCUUUGCUUCGACAGACAGAUCCUAUGAUUGCCCUGAAAAACAUGCAGCCAGAACGAUACAUGCAUCUGGAAAACGUUCUAACUCGACCGUACUUUGACGCGCGAGAUGCUUAUCCAGACGGACAAACAAAAGACAAACGAAGGCAACACAUUGCUGCGCAACUAGCGAAAGAAGUUUCAGUUGUUCCACCGUCGAGGCUGAUUGCUCUUCUGGGACAGGCAUUGAAAUGGCAACAGCAUCAGGGAAUUCUUCCUCCAGGAUCGCAAAUCGAUCUCUUUCGAGGAAAAGCACAGUCGAAAGUUGAAGAGAAUGAAAAAUACCCUUCGGUGCUCAGCAAGACCAUCAAAUUCAGCUCAAAAAGCCAUGUGGAAACGACGCGAUUUUCUCCCGACGGGCAGUACCUUGUUACUGGCUCAGUUGAUGGAUUUAUUGAAGUGUGGAAUUAUUUGACGGGAAAGAUCAGAAAAGAUCUCAAGUACCAAGCGCAGGAUAAUUAUAUGAUGAUGGAGCAGGCGAUUUUGUCGAUGACGUUUUCGAGGGACUCCGAAAUGCUUUGCACUGGCGACCAGGGUGGAAAAAUGAAGGUUUGGAAAAUCUCUACAGGCCAAUGUCUUCGUCGUUUUGAGCGAGCCCACUCAAAGGGUAUCACUUCGAUGAACUUUUCAAAAGAUGGAUCGCAAAUUCUCAGUGGCAGUUUCGAUAACACCGUCCGCAUUCACGGACUCAAAUCUGGAAAGCAACUCAAGGAAUUCAAGGGUCACGUGUCCUUCGUCAACGAGGCUGUCUUCUCUGCGGAUGGUCACAUGAUUAUCUCAGGCUCUUCUGAUGGAACUGUUAAAAUUUGGAAUAUCAAAACACUAGAGUGCAUUUCGACCUUCAAGUCGCUCGGCGGAAACGACGCUACGAUCCAUUCGGUCACUCUGAUGCCAAAAAAUAACGACCAAUUUGUUGUCACCAAUCGCUCAAAUACUGUUGUAAUCAUGAAUAUGCAGGGCCAAAUUGUCAAGUCCUUCACUUCUGGUAAACUCUAA